UUCAUCAUGAUAACUCCAGCUUUUGAACUGACCCAGGAUCCGGAUUUUCUUACAAUAAUAAUCAAAGUACCUUAUGCCAGAGCUUCAGAGUUUGACGUGUAUUUUGAAGGGAAAGACUUUAAAUUUUAUGCAAAGCCGUACUUUCUCAGAUUGACACUUCCUGCAAGAGUUGUAGAAGAUGGCAGAGAAAAAGCAUCUUAUAAUACAGACAAAGGAACUUUUACAAUUCGAUUACCUAAGGAGAUUCCAGGCCAAUAUUUUGAGGGACUGGACAUGCUGACAUCUCUUUUGGCACCAAAGAAAUCAAGAUCAGCAAAACCUUUAGUAGAAGAGAUAGCUGCCUCUGCUGAGUUGUCUGAGGAGGAGGAAGAAGAAGAAUUUGAUUGGGAAAUAGAGCAGACCCCUUACAAAGAAAGUGCAGAAGGCACUCUACCACUACAGUACCGUUACGGGUUUGGGAAUUUGCGGUCAGGCGUGUUCCAGCGGCUGCAGGAUGAACUCAGUGAUGUUAUUGACAUUAAGGAUCCAGACCAAACUCCUGUAGAUGAACGCAGGAGGAAACGCCUGGCAGCUGAGGCUGCGAAGUUUGACCCUGAUCAUUACCUAGCUGAUUUUUUUGAAGAUGAAGCUAUUCAGCAUGUCUUAGAGUACAAACCAUGGUGGGUUGAUGCUCAUAAAAAAAUGACGGCCUUGUCAGGAGAAAGUCAUCAGGACCAUGACACUCACACAUUUGUUGUCUUCUCUGAGGAGGAGAGAGAGCAGAUGAGAAAGUUCACAAAUAAAUCUUAUCUUCUGGAUAAAAGAAGCCGUCAUCAUGUAUAUCUUGGUUUAAUUGAUAUCCUUCUGGCAUAUUGCUAUGAAAUCUGUGUCAAUGAAGGAGACAAGAAUGUUGAAUCAUCUUGGAACGUCAGGAAACUGAGUGCAACGUUGUGCUGGCUGGAGAGCUUUACUAGCAUUCAUGACGUCCUGGUAUCUUUUGGAAGACGAGUGCUAUGCUAUCCCCUGCACAGACAUUUUGGAUUAGUGACACGUGCCUUCAGUGAUACAGCCAUGAUACUGCAACUAGGAAAAGCUGCAGUUUUGAAGUGUCUGCUGGACAUUCACAAGAUAUUUAUGGAGAAUGACCCUGCCUACAUCCUUAAUGACCUCUUCAUUACGGACUAUUGCAUCUGGAUUCAGAAAACCAAGUCAAAGAAGUUGGCUGCACUCUCUGAAUCCUUGCAGAAAACCACACUCACUAAGGCCCACAUAGGAUUUGAACUGGAAGAGCUGGAAGCAGCAGCGGUGCUGGUACAAGAGGAAGAGAGCACGUUAAAAGCUGCUGGCGCAGUUUCCAAGCAACAGCUGCUUUCCUCCGAGUCGGAGACAAGUGACUCUGAAGACUCUGAAGAAUCAAGCGGUACUUCAUCAUCUGAGACAGAAGGCUCUGAUUCAGACGAGCGAGGGUCCUCAACCAGUGAAGAUGGGAAAAUAAAUUCUUCACAAGCCGUGCUUCAAGAGGAGAGGACAACUCCACUUACUGACUGUAAUGGAUUAAGGCAGGGCACAAACACUUCGGCGUUCGAGGUUGCUGGUGAAAAAUCAAAGGUUUCUUUGCAGUCUGCAUCCCUUCCCGGAAAAUUGAUAGAAGAAUUAGAAAAGCAAAUGCACACUGCAGUUAGGCUUUCAGACCAGCCUGAAGGAUCGGUUACUGCAAGCUGCAUUUUCCAGGAACAAGAAAACCGUGUAGCUGAACCCGAGAGAUUUUCGAAAGAUACUACUGGGAAGGAGAAUUUCUUGGAGGUAUCUUCAAAGACAAACCCAUUGCUCUUUCUCUGCGGCACAAAUGAAGAUGGAGACUAA